GACUCCUCCGCCACCAUCAAUCAUCCUUUUCUGUGGUUUUGGAGAAAAUUGGAGUCCGGCGGGUGCCGCCGCCGCUUUUCUGGUGGCCUUUGCUCCAUCGCGAGGAAGGUCCACAUAAUUUUCCCCAAUUCCAGCGCUGCCUUCUACCACCAGUUGCUCUCACAAUCCUUCAAAAUCUCUUCUAAAAUUCUGCCCAAAUCUAUCAGCCAAUUUCUAUUUCUAUCAAAAAUCUCCAAAUCUCGCUUGAAUUCUGCCGAAUUUGGUGGCGUAUGUGUCUUCGUUGUAUCUGAAUUGCUAGAAUUUCGUGGAUAAGAGCUCAAUAAUUCAAAAAUAUGUUGGCUGUAGCGCCAAAUUGUAUUACGCGUAGCUCGUUGGAGAAAAUGCUGGAGGCUCUCCAGCGAAGAGACGAGAGCGGCACGCCGGAUGUCCCUCCUGCGCUGCCGCGACGCGCCAUCCCUCCCUCUCGCACCCCGUCCGCUAAGAGGCGGCUAUCUGUGUCCAUGAGCGAUACAGCCGGGGUGAGAUCGGGAUUUUGUGUGAAGAAUGGGAAGAUGAGAGGAAUUGGAUUUCGUGAUGCAAAAGUGGAAUUACGCAGAUGGUGUUAUGCAGAUGAUAAGAGGAUUGACAAGUCUGCUCCUCAUAAGGUUGGUUUCUUAAAAGGUUUUAGACAACAAAUCCUUACUCCUGAGGUGCAGAAGUAUUUGGAUACUCAUCAACACCUCCACGAACUCAAUGAAAUAGCAGUCACAUUGCAAUCAUAUGUUCGUGGUGAAAUUGCAAGAAAGGAGUAUAGUGCCUUACUCGCGAUGAAAAAUCAGGUGAAGCUAGAUGAGAUGGUGAUUGUGCAAUUACAGUCAGUAAUUCGGGGAUGGUUGGCAAGAAGGCAUUUUUGUCGUCUCCAGAAAUGGAUAGAGAAAACUCGUGGCAAAGUAGAAUCAGACCUGAGCAUUUCUGAAGUGGAGAAACUGUCUCCGAAGAUGUUGCCACUGAUUGUUGGAGAACUCCAAAAGAGGGUACUAAUGGCAGAAGAAACUCUUGAACAGAAAGAAAAAGAAAAUGCAACCUUUAGAGAGCAAUUGCAACAGUACGAGGCGCGUUUGGCAAAGAUGAAAUCCAUGAUGUGGCAGCAAAUGGAUUUGGCCACAGCAGAAAAGAGUGUCGUUCGAGAAGGCCAACGAGAUGGAGGCCAGCCACCUUGUCCUUACAGAGAGACUAGUGAAUGUUUAAAACAUGGCAUCAAUGAGCUGGUGAAAACGAAGGUAAGUUUUGAGGAUGGAAACCAUGCUACCGUUGGGACUCCUGUUGGGAAACUGCAAAAGUUGAAACGCGUGAUCAAGGCAUGGGUGAAGGGGAAGAAGGUUGUGUCGAUGAGAGAUUCAAAAACAAAGAUACACUCAAUGGGGCAUGGUGAGGCUGAUGGUCAUCCAAAGAAAUGGUGGGGAAAGAAACGCAAGAGAUCAUGGAAUCAUGGGCAAGAUCGAUAUCGUCUCAUACACAUAUCUUGAUCCCAAAGGCUAUUCUUGAUCAACUUGACCCUGCCCCAUUUCUUGUUCUAUGUUCUUGUCAAUCUGUCAAUAUUAAUAUGACAGUAAUAUAAAAUGUGAUUAUUAAUAAGGGCUCUCAAGUAAUUUGAGAAACUUAUAUUACUAUAA